GACUCGGUAAAAGAACAGAAAAAUGUAUAUCUUUUCGACGUGGACCUGGAGUUUAAAUGUGAACUGAAGAUGAAGACCCUCCUCAUCUUCACUCUCUGUCUGGUCUCAGAUGGAGGAGAUUCCAAGAAAGUAACAGGAUUAUCAGAAGAAGGAAUCAAGUGCAAGUGUGAUACAAAGUGCAAAAAAGAUGAAAAACUGUUCUGUAAGGGUAUAGCAUCAAACUGUUCUGACCAAAUGUAUAUAAGAAAUAGUUCAACAAGGGUCUCACUAAUUGACAACAAAACGUCUGCAGAGAUCAAGGUGAUCGGACAGCUCAGUGCAUAUAACAACGGGACGUAUUACUGCGUGGUUGGUAGAGAUCCAUGUACAAACAUUUCCACACCAGUGAAACUGAAGAUAAAGGAAGGAGUGAUGGUCUCUAGCAAAGUGACUGCGUAUGCUGGGACAAGAAGCAACAUCAAGUGCAAAUAUGAGAAUGAAUAUAAGUUAAAUCCUAAAUCUUUCUAUAAGAUCGACACAGAUCAGUGGUGUUUUAAUCAAAUAAUAAUAAAAAUAUCAAAACAAAAGAGUGAAUGGGAACAUGUUGAAAGAUUUUCAAUUCAUGACAACAGAAGUGGAGAAUUCUUCAGUGUGUUUAUCAGAGACCUGACUGUAGAGGACACUGGAACAUACGCGUGUGCUGUUGAUUUGUCUGAUGAAAUAGAGAUCCUCACAGUAGUGAAGCUGAAUGUUACAAAAGACCUGCCCAAUCAGGAGCCCAUCAUAAAGAGCAUCUAUGUAGGAGAAGAUCUGAAUGUCAGCUGUAAAUACCCAGAAUCCCACAGGAGUGACGCCAAGUUUCUCUGCAAGAAGCCUAGGAUUGCUGCUUGUUCAUAUACCGUUACAGUUAAAGAUAAUAGAAAAUAUGUAGAUAUCUGGAAUUUCUCUGUGAAUGAUGACAGAGAAAAACAAACGAUUCGUGUGAGAUUUAAACAUGUGACUGAGCAGGACUCUGGUGAAUACUGGUGUGGAGCUGAAGUCAACUGGACAUCUGAUCAUGGAUACAAGGUUUAUUUCACAAAGAUCAUCCUGACAGUUACUAAGUAUUCACCACCAGUAUAUACCACUGUGAUCAUCGUGUGUGUGAGUGUGCUGAUGCUUCUGAUUGGAGUAUUAUUUUUCAUUGCGACUCUCCAUAUGAGACACAAGCUGCAAGUGACCCAGCAUUCCAGAGAGACUAAUGGAGAUAAUGAAAGUGAAUCUGAGCCUAUCUAUGAGAUCAUGGGCCCCAUCAUCUUCCAGUUAGAAGCACUGGAAGAGAAUCUCAAAGAUGAAGCCGACCAACCGGAUUCAGUCCCCCAGAAUCUACAACACUCCAUUAGCCUGUACUGCUCUUCAUCCGAAAGCCUGCAAGAAUAACUCAUCUUCCAUCCAGAGCAUUUAUCAAUCCAUCAACAUUUGUACAGCUGCUUAGUCUCUUAAUAGAGAUUUUUUUUCUUGCAUUUCUUAAGUCAGGAAAUGUGACCAAGAGCUGCUACUAAAAUCACAUUGCAGACCCUGGACCACAAACCUUUUGCUGCUGCUCAUUUGCAAAGAUGAGAACCAUUCAUGUUCUUGGAUGAUUUUGAACUGUUCCCAAAGGUAACUUAAGUUUUAAACAAAUUCUGGAAAUAUAGCCUGAUUGUUUAAUGAUGCUCAAAGGUUUGUUUUAUGGCUGAAAACCUGCACAUCAAGAGCCAGCCUUUAUCCUUACACUUAACCUUAAAAAUCUCUCUUUAAACAGUCUAUAAAAGACAUGUGGUGUGGCUCUCUGUGUUGAAAGCUUGUGUUGUGAGCUUGUCAUAAAACUAUAUAAACUUUUAUAAAAGGUACAUUUCUAAAAGGAAAUUAUAAUAAUGACCAUAGAAAGGUCCCUUAGUUUAUAUUAUUAACUUUGUCAUUAGUAUUGUUUUAUGUUAUACUUUAAUCAUUUCAUCAUUUAAGAUAUAUUUUUGCUGCAAUGAUUUGCCUCCUCAUGUUUUUAGAACUUUGGGAUGAGUAAGCUUAGCAACACACUAAUCUUUACUGACUGAUUUGUUAACUUCAUGGUAAUUUCAUGAUUUUCACAAAGCAGCUUUACGGCAGUAAAAGAUCUGAAUAUAAGUUUUAAAAAGUAUACUGUACAUUUUAGAUUUAUCACUUUAUCUCUAACUACCCAAAGUACCAAGUGUUGCACAGGCUUUGAAAAGCAAAGUUGAAACCUUGUGGCCAAAAGAAAAAAAAAAAACCCACUGUAUUAAUUUUAUACAGUGGAAUCUCAGAUUGCAAGUAACCCGGUUUGCGAGCGUUCUGCAAGACUAGCAAAAUUUGUAAAUAAAUUUUGCCUUUGUUACUGUAAAUGAACGAAUCUUGAUUUACGAGCACCAAGCAUCAUCAAGUAUCUUGUGGCUCGAGUGCACUUCUUGUUUUGACACUGAGCGUCACGUGACCACAACUGAGCCAAUGGUACUUCUAGCUCUUGCGCUGCAGAAUUGUGGGUAAUCGUCUCCCAUGCACGCUCUCAGGGUGCGUGCGCCACUCGUAUAGUCAACAUCCGUGCAUGAAUGUACUAUUUACUAUAACACUGUGACCACGUGUGUGUGUGAAAGAAAUCCAUUUCACACACGCCCAUUAACGCAUGUGUGUACUGUUUAUUAUAACGUGUGUGUGGUUCCUUGUUUCUCUUUCUCUGUCUGUCUUUCUUACAGAAAGAGACUUUGGAUCUUUAACAAGGAACCGCUUUAAUUAGGGCCCAAGCUCUGUGACAUCAGCCCUAUGUGGUCAUAAUCUGUAAAGGGCUGAUGUCAUAGUUUGUAAAGGGCCCUAUUGUUUUCCUAAGGAUUUUUUUCCCCACCGUUCGGCAAUUUCUGGCGGUCUUAAAAUGUUCAAAAACGUUGGUCCAAAAAAGGUUGGAAUCUGCUGCCAUUAGGAUGCCUGAGAGUCUGUUAUAUGUGGGAUAUCAUAUUGAGUGACAUUACAUUCAGUGAUGCUUUUUUUCCAGCAUCUGGGGCUUUUUGGUGGUCUAAACAUAAAAGAAGGUUUUAAACAUGGUAAAGGUGUACUAAAGGCUAGUUGAGUAACCUAGACCUAGGACAGAAAAAAUUCCCUAAGCAUUGCACAGGCACAGGCAUGGUCUGGAUGUUCUGAAGAACCUCAGCUCUUUCACUCUUACUGGCUUUGGGAUUGUGUGUGAACAAUGCAACAAAAAAACACCACAACCAAAUUCCCAUGUUGCAUUACAACUUUACAACCACUUGGGACUGCAACAAAAUGUAGAGGCCCAAUGUAAGGUUUAAGUCAAGACUACUUCGCUCCUACAGUAUAUUCAGUCGACAUCUGAGGACCAUCUUAUUAGGUUAAAAAAAAUUAUGAAAAAUACUUCACUAUUUCCUGAACCCUCAUACUAUCACUGAAUUGAUUCCUGAAUGCAGUUUUGUCCACGAGAAACAGGAAGAGCAGGCAGCAGUUUGUGAUGGGUUAUGUGGGUUUAAGGGUCAAAGGGAGACUUUGGCGAGUUAAGAAUCUCAGUUACAGGCUAUAAUUUAUUGUACACUGUUCAACUGAUAAACAAUCAGCAAGCAAAAUAGUGACCAAUGUAAUGUGCCAAAGGAUUCUAACCAAGAUUAAAAGUACAAAAAGCUUUAAAAUUUAAUAUAGUGCCUAUAGCUUAUAAGUGACUUUUAGCUUUUACUUGCAGCAGUCUGUAAACACUUAAGUUACUUUCUUUCAAGUACAAAACUUCUCUCAGGUGCUGAAGCUCCUUCACAGCUCCUAGUAUUUCUCCACUAGCUAAUAUUUCGCUGUUUACCUUGAAGUAAAACAGCAACAAGGAUACUAAUACUGUAAUUAUAGCAGGUUUUAAUUGUCUUCUAGAGCUGUAACUGUCAGGCAUGACCCCUGGAGGGGUUUUUUAGACUGUUUUGUACUUUGGUUGUUGUUCCUAGACUUCAGUUCCCAGAUUACACCUCAGUUGAUUUAUCUUUAUUGGCCUCUUCCCAAUCAAU